AUGUUCGAUCAAAUUGGUCACGUUGGUUUCGGACCGGAGUUUCGUGAUUACUAUUUGGACCGAGUAAAGUAUGGUGGACUCAUCGAACUUUACAGACAGUUCCUUGUGGUCGUGGUCAGUGCAACCAGUGAUUACGUAGAUUCGCUCUACGUAUGGUAUCGCUUUGUUGGAGAAAAUUUACAACAUGGUAGAGACUGUCUCAGGUCAAACUCAUCAAGGAAUACGCCCAUCUUCCAAGUAACGAAUUCGAAGAUUGUGAAGGAUGUAGACGAGGUAAUUGAAUUCGAAUCGAAGAUUGCGAAAAUCAUGGUGGCUGGAGAGGAUUGCAAUAAUCAAAAUCAUCAAGGUAACUUGAAUUCGAAUCGAAGAUUGCGAAAAUCAUGGUGGCUGGAGAGGAUUGCAAUAAUCAAAAUCAUCAAGGUAUACGCCCAACUUCUAAGUAACGAUUCGAAGAUUGUGAAGGAUGUAGACGAGGUAAUUGAAUUCGAAUCGAAGAUUGCGAAAAUCAUGGUGGCUGAAGAGGAUCGCAAUGACCAUACUAGGAUGUACAAUCUUCGCCGUCUUGCUGAUAUGGAGAAACUGACACCCAUGGUGGGUAAACUUUUACUGAUGUCGUGCUAUCCCUAA